CCAGCCGCACCCACCCCCACCCCUCCUGCUCCUCCUCCUCCUUGCUCAGUCUGCCUGUUCCUGCCCUGCCUCGCGCUCUCUUUCCCCCUGCUGGGCUGCCGCCUCCUGUCUUGAACUUCCUCAUCUUCCCCCUGCUAGGCUAGGCCCUCUGCCUCUCAAACCCCAACUUGAGUUGGCAGAUUUCCGCCCACCGCCCCCACGGCCUCCAUAGCUGGUGGAGCCCCUUUUUAUGCUGCUGAGAGGGAGCUGGUGAAGGGAAGACUGAUGAGGGAAUACAAGGUGGUGGUGUUAGGGAGCGGAGGGGUGGGUAAGUCUGCCCUGACUGUGCAGUUUGUCACGGGCACCUUCAUUGAGAAAUAUGACCCCACCAUUGAGGAUUUUUACCGCAAGGAGAUCGAAGUGGACUCUUCUCCCUCUGUACUGGAAAUCCUGGACACCGCAGGGACUGAGCAGUUUGCUUCCAUGAGAGAUCUCUACAUCAAAAACGGCCAAGGUUUCAUCCUAGUUUAUAGCCUGGUUAACCAGCAGUCUUUCCAGGAUAUCAAGCCAAUGAGGGACCAGAUUGUCAGGGUGAAGAGAUAUGAAAAAGUCCCACUCAUCCUAGUGGGGAAUAAAGUGGAUCUGGAAUCAGAAAGGGAGGUUUUGACUGCAGAAGGCAGAGCUUUGGCUCAGGAGUGGGGCUGCCCGUUCAUGGAGACAUCAGCCAAAAGUAAAACAAUGGUGGACGAACUGUUUGCAGAAAUCGUCAGGCAAAUGAACUAUGCAUCUCUGCCUGAGAAACAAGAUCAGUGUUGUACAACUUGCAUCAUCCAGUGAAGAAGCUAACCUCAUUCAUGACCAUACAGAGCAGAUAAAACUCAGAGGGAAUUUGCACAGAUGCUGCUUUGGACAACUUGACAGCCUGGGUUGCAGAACUGAGCCUUGGUAAACCUGUCUCGAUAACAGCAUGUUGCCAUACACCUAAUUAAGUGCAUAAGGUCCACAGCCUUCAAGAUCCAUAGACCUUAACCAAGAAUGCUUAGCACGUUUACCAUAAGUUAAAAUAGAUUCUUUAUCAAUCAGUCCUUUUGUAGCUUUCUAAGUUCUUAUUAAUGGUUAAUAUGCAAGGGUUCAUUUUUAAUAUUUUAAUUGAUUUCUUUAAUCAAUUUCUGAACUUGUAUUUAUUAAAUACUUAAACUCAGUAUUACCUACUCAAUGCCUUUUAAAAGUUUUAAUGGAGAAUAAAUUGAGCCUUAAACAAGUGGUUACUUCUGUAUAUUACCUCGCUCCAGUGCUUCAAUCUAUUUGCGAAAAUAUUUGUUUCCUGAAAUGGUUGGUCGAUAUUUUGAGACUUUAUGUUUACGUGUGACAGUGUUGUAAGAAACUAAAGAUCCUAUCUUACCUGUAUGGAUAUAAUAUCCCUUUUCUCAUCUGAUGCAGCCCCGUGAUCGGGUGCUGUAAUUGACACGUUCAGAAGGUGGAAAUUGCAAUUUGAAAUGGACUGUAAUAUUUAGUUGAAGGGAUUUUCAUGAUUUUUUUUUAAUAUGAUUUGCAACAUUGAGUUGCAGCUGAAGCAUUUUCGCUUCUGUGAAGUUCUAAAUUUAGUUAUGACCUACUUUUAACAAUGCCUUUGAAAAGGGAUAAUGUAUUCUAGGUAAAUUAAUUUCGUAUACCUGCGCUCAAAUAUCUCAGCUUUGCCUGGCAGGUUAGUAAUUUACAUCUAGUCAGUUUCUGCACAUGUAAAGUGAAUGCAAAUAAAAUGAUUUUACAUUUUAUAGUUAAUAUUUGUCUUUCUGAACAAUGUUUUAAAGCAAUAUUUGUUAACAUUUUCUUGCACUGUCACAGUUGCUUUUUUUUGGUUGUUAUUUCCCAGUAAACAGGUUAGCAACAGAGACAAAAAUCAGUGUAAGGUAAGGGGGGAAAGCACCCAUUUUUUUCCAGUGCUCUGAAUUGCAAAUGCACUCUGAACAGCCAUUGACUUCCCUGUUGUUUACCUGAUCAACACAUUUUGUCUGAAUACUUGAACAUUUUAACAGUAACACAGGUAUUAAAACAGAAAAAAUAUAUAAAGAAUAAAUGAUGCUUUUUCUUCCGUUUUAA